AUGGGGAGAGCUCAGAUGCUGACGAUAAUAGCCCAGUGUUAUAUAGAUAAGGGAACGUUUGAUGAGGAGGCGUUAGAAUUAUUUGCUGAAGUGAGUCCACCUUCUCAAUCAUCAGGAAACAUUAUGACAAGGGAUGAGAACAUACCACCAUCAAUUGAAUUUGGUGCUGAACAUUUUGAAGGCAUGACAGUAAAAUCUGGUGAGAGUAUUCGACUCAAGGUGCAUGUCAAAGGUCACCCAUUACCUCAAGUAACCUGGUAUAAGCAUGGAAAGGAAAUUGAGAAGAGAUUAAUGAUGGACAUUGGGUCUAGUUCUGUCUUUGUUAGAGACAGCAACCGAGGUUAUCGUGGCAUAUAUUCCGUGGAAGCCAAGAAUGCUUCAGGCAUCCAGAAAGCUGAUAUUCAUGUCAGAGUUCAAGACACUCCUGGACCUAUUCGAUUUACCAACAUUACUGGAGAAAAACUUACAUUGUGGUGGACUCCACCAGAUAAUGAUGGCUGUGCUGUCGUUAGCAAUUAUGUAAUAGAAAAAUGUGAGACACGUUGAUUUACGUGGGCAUUGGUCACAGCCUGUUCAUACACGGUCACCAAGUUAAUUAAGGGGAAUGAGUACCAAUUCCGAAUUUCAGCCGUCAACAAAUUUGGCGUUGGCAGACCACUCGAUUCAGAGCCAGUUAUUGCACAGAUACAAUAUACUGUGCCUGAUGCACCCGGUAUACCAGAACCAACUCAUGUUUCAGGAGAAACUAUUACUCUUACUUGGUCAAGACCAAAAUCAGAUGGAGGGAAUGAAAUUCUGCAUUACGUCCUCGAACGGCGUGAGAAGAAGAGUCUGCGCUGGGUUAAAAUAUCCAGCAAAAGACCAAUCACUGAAAACUAA